GAAUCAAUUAGCCUUAAUAUUAAGUAAGAAGUAGUGAUUUGGGCGGCUGAAGUGAUUUGGUGGGCGGCAAGAAGACCUCCAGCUUCUCCUCUGCCACUACAACAAUCGAACAAUGUCAAUGUCUGCAUCCGCGUCUUCAAGUUCGCACGACACUUCGUCAUCUUCAACUUCCCAGUCCCACCAAACACAAACGAAAAAGAAUUCCUCAGAGAUUCUUCCAUCCAAACCCACACCUGCAAUAACAAUGUCUAAAUCUGCAUCUUCAACUUCCCACGAAGAUGAAGAGGCUUCUUCGUCUUCAACUUUCCACCAAACGCAAACAAAAAAGAAUGCCUCAGAGAUUCUUCCAUCCAAACCAGACGCACCCACACCUGCCCACUCACACAGUUCAAGUUCCGACGAAGAAGACGAACCCCCACCAGCAGAAACACAGAAGAAGGAUUCGCGUGCCGCUGGAGGGAAAAGGAAUGGAGAUGCUGCCGCUCUUGGAAUGCCUGAGGAUACCAAGAAAUCCCGUUUUGAAAGAGUUUGGAGCCAGCAAGACGUGGUUGUCCUGUUGCAAGGCAUUAUCGAUUUUCAAAAAGAGAAAAAAGCUGAUCCUACCAAGGAUUUUGCUUCUUUUUUCCAUUUUAUUAUCAAAUCGCUUCACUUCCCUGCUUCCUUGCCUCAACUGAAAGAUAAGGUAAGCAAAUUGAGAAAGAAAUUCCACAACCAUCUUCAAAAAAAUAUGACAUUUCAUACUCUGCACUCUCAAAAAACCUUCGAUAUGUCUCAACAAAUUUGGGGUGCCCAAGGAUGCCUUAGUGCUUCUAACCCUCAAUUGGCCGACCAACUGGACUACAACACUCUUGAUUUCUCUAAUAUUGGUCAAAUGGCGAAGUAUGUCACCAUGAAGGGUCUCGAGAUGCUCCACGGACAUGAAAAACCCGAGACGCAAGCCAAGUUGCCGAAGUUGGAUGUGGCUGACUUGCAGCUAUUUGCGGAUCGGCUUAAAUUUCUAUUACAACAGACGCAGCUGAUCAUGGCUUCCUAUAACAACUGACUAGCAUUUGACUUUUGGGGAGGUGGAUGGGGGAUUUUUGCAUAGACGAUGAUGGAAAUAGCAGUAGCAUCGUGCCAACCAUCAAUGUGGAUUUUUGGUGAAUAUUUUGCUUAAGUAGGAGAUUUUGCCUUUUGGGUUUAAAUUGUGGUUUAUAAUCAGCUAAUACGACUGUUUAUACAUUAAAUGGUUUAGCUAUGGGAUGUUUUAAUGUAAGUUAGCUCUCUAGUAAAUCUUAUGAUGCUUUGUAUAGCAAGCUGUUACAUGUUAAGUACAGCUACUAAUUCAAAAUCAAUACAAGAGCACUUUUUUGAUCCACAAAAAGGUUUUGUAUUUUCUA